CGGGCCGCGCGCUCUCUCAUCGGGAUCAGAUUCCAGCACACGUCACAGGAACUCCUCCACAGCGCAAACACGGCUUUUCUCAGCUUCACAUCUGCUUUUGUAUAAUCGGCUCUAUUUUCGUUUUGUUUUCGAAUGAAACCUUGGAAUAAACUUCAGAUUCGUGUGAAACAGAAGGAUACGGACGCCGUUUUGCGACUUUUCCGACAGCACGUAUUGUACGCAGGAAAUGGACUGUUUACGUCGGUUUUUGCGAACUUUUCUUUCUAAAAGACAGAUUUGUUUUUUCUAAAUAUCGGAGAGAUGAAAUAAUUUGAUCAGGCAGCUUUAUGUUCGCAGAAGUGUGAGAGUUUUGGGUCGAUUGUGUUCGGCGUUGUGUUGACGCGUAACGGCGCGCACGGCGCACAUCAGAGGAUGAAAGUUUAACGGAAAGGAAGUUCAACUGGAUAACCGGUUACAAAGUAUCAUGAUGUUCGCGGGAAUGAUCAGAGUGGACAGUAAACCGACAACACACGAGAAUGAGCCCAAGUGUUACCGGUGCUUCGUGAGAUCAGAUGGUGUGACGGACAGCCGUCACAGGAGGAGUUUCAGACAGCCGGGUUACAUGAGGACAGAGCCGUUUAGCCAACCGGACGCUGCUGUCAGCCUUCCAAGCAACACGUCAUGUGAUUCCCACCGAAAUUUAGAAAUUCACAAAAGUGACCCGUCCACAAACACCAGUAUUUCUGAACUACCCAGCAGCCUCAGUGAGAAAUGUCUUAAGUUGGUUUUGGAAAGAGAUGACCCCUCAAACAGUCAAACUGCUUCCAAACCUCACCGUCUGCACCAAAGUCAAGUCGAGGAAACUUCAAGAUGUGAUGUUUUCAACUCUAGUUUUAGUUUCAUUCAACAGUCACUAGAAACAAGCGAUUUAUUAGACACGACCACAAGCGACCCGUCUGCAUCACUGGACCAAACAAAAUCUGAAAUUUCAGACUUGAGCACUUUAAAACCUUGCAAUCUUGUCCAAUCAAAGAUUAGCCCUGUGCCCAUCAGCCAAUCAGGACCAGUGGUUUUCAUGUUAGGCCAACUGCCCUGCUCGAUGGGUCAGCCGGUGAAAUCAAAAGGUCUCCUAUUGGAUGAAGAGUCGUGGGACCUGGACAGACACUGGGACACACAGAUAUCGUCCUCCAUGACAUCAGACUUCAAAGAAAGCGUUUCAGAUUGUGGCUCUAUGGAUGCUGAGGUCACGUCCUCGCUCUCUGUUGAUUCGUCGGAUUCAACAUCGGCAUCCUCUGUCACUUCUGGCUACGACAGCGCCACGCCUUCCGCAGAUCACAGGAGGAAGUGUGAAGACGUUUUACAAGACUGUCUACAAAACAAUCGCGCGCACACCAAGAUUAAGUCAAUGAUGCUAAAGAUGCAGAGAUUACAGCACAGAGCGGUCCUGGAUGAUGACUAUGACACAGCUGAGCGGUUCGGUCAGAAACUAGAGGAUCUUCGCAGGGAGCGAGCGGCUCUGAAAGCUUCUCUUCCCUCCAGACAUCCAGCCGUCUCUGAAUAUCUGCAGACGCUCAGGACGGCCGCGCACAGCGCCCUCCAGUGGAACAGCUCUCAAUACAGAGAGAAGGACGAACCGUGCGAGGAUCAGAAAUGUUCAGGUAGCUCCUCUGGGGACAAACAGAAAAAAAGACGGGAAAAACUGAUCCAGGAAAAACAGAGGAUUCAGAGGGAGAUGUGUGGUCUUCAGAGGAGGCUGGAGGAGCUUCAGGAGCAGAGCAGAGCUGUGGAGGUGCAGCUGGCGCCGGAUGAGAGAGGGCCGGAGGAGGAGCGGCUGGAGGAGGAGGUGCCCGUGCUGAAAGGCUGUGAUGUGGCUCAGCUGAGGCUGAUGGGUCGAGCGCUGGAGGACAUGAUGACAUCCGAACACCGCGCUCAGAUCACUGCCUCUCCACCAGCAGAGAUCAUCAGACUUCAGGAACAGGAGCAGGUGUUGAGUUUGUCCAUUAAAGAUACAACAGCUAAGGUGCUGAUGAGUCAGAAGCUGGUCGCCAGUCUGCGGAGGAAAGUUAAUGAGACCGAGACGCAGCUGUUGGCUCUUCAGGAGGCGAAGCUCGCAGCCGUCUCAGGAAAUGAUUUCAGCAGUGCUAAAGAACUGAAGACAGAGAUCAGAAACGUUUCUGCAGAAAGAGAUCGUGUGGAGACGCUGGUGAGGAAGCUACAGACGUUAAGCUCAGGCAGUGGACAGGAACUAACCCGCAUGAAAGAGAAAUUAAACCAAAUCAAACUGGACCUGCAGCGGAGAGAAGCUCAGCGUGAACGAGGUUUAAAGGAAAACGCUGUGAAAUACAUUGAACUCCUGGAAGAGCAACGUCACAGCUGUGGGGGUCAAGCAUUAGAGCACAUUUGGGAGGCAGAGUUGGAGGCAUGUCAUCUUCUCCUGAAAGGUCUGGAGCUCCGAACCCCCAGCAUCUCAGAAACCAAGGAUCUCACCUCUAUUCCAGAAUCCAGUUCAAAUGUCCAGCCAUGCACGGACGAGGAAGCGGACUGCGCCAUGUUGACUGCUUUAGGGGGGCGUUGGUGCCCAGAUGCUAACCUUCAGCACUCCGAGUUCACUAAGAAAUUAGAAGAGUUUCUCUUCUGCGUGGAAGACUGUCCUGAGGAUCCGUGCGGAGAUGCAGCGCUCACUGCUCGAUGUGAUCUCAUCAGGGGGCGACUCCAUUACCUGGAAGAUCAGCUUCAUACAGCCAUGGAGAACCUCGACCAAGACCUCGCUCUGUCUAUGGAGAAUGAGGUUCAGGAGGUCAAGGCCAUGCUUCACGCAAUGCUGUCACAACUGAAGCUCGAGGACGACGAUGAUGAUGAAGAGAAGUAUUGUGAUGUUGAAGAAGAACAGGUGGAGGAUGGAGAUGUAGAAGAAGAUCUUUACUUCAGUGACAGCUGGGAAAUAUAAAUAGACUCUUAUUAGCCUCUCAUCCAGACUGGAGUUCAGUGUUUGUGAGUUUGCACUUAACCACUAAACAUGAAGCAAACACAAUUCUCAAAAAUACAGUAUAUUUACUUGAGGAUGCCUAACAGAAGGGAAUCAUUUGAUUCAUUUUUUACAUACAGUAUAUGCGUCUGUCUGAACGUAAAAUGGCACAUUUUACCCCUAAAUUCGAGAGACAAAAGCUGAAAUGAAAAGCUAGUAAGAUUUUGUCUACACAGUAAGGCUUUCCCACAUUAUAUUAAUAUUUAUUUAUUUUUGUUAAUUCCUUUUUUUUUUAUUUCAAUUCAUGAAUACUUGAAUAGUGUUCAAGUUUUGAAAUUAGUACAACAAAUACUUAAAUGAUGUGUGAACAUAUUUCCCCACAUUUCUGUAACGUGAAUAUGUGGGUGUUUUUAUUCUUGAUUUUGGGGUGAUAUUACAUCCAUGCGUGUUCAUGACACGUAUUGCGAGAGUUUAAAGCAUUUUGUUCAUUAAGGCCUUUUUAAUCUGCUGCAUGACCGGUCCUCCUCGCACUGCUUUGAGUGGGCCUCGAACCGCCGUCGGUCCGGAUGGGAGAUGGCGCUCAAACGAGGAGGCUAAAGACCGCAGUCUCUAGCGUCUGUUGCUAGAACGUCUCUUUUUGUCGGGGAGUGAGGUUUUACUCGCACAGUGAACUCUAUUAAAGGGAUACUUCUCCCAAAACUGAAAAUUUUGUCAUCAUUUAUUCCCCCUCAGGUUGUUCCAAACCUGAAUAAUGAAAUUACUUUGUUCCUGCUGAACACAAAGGAAGAUAUUUGGAAGAAUGUCAGUUACAAAACAGAUCUCUUUCCCGAUUUACUGCCAUAGUAAGGAAAAAAAUACUAUGAGAGUCAAUGGUGGAUGAGAUCUGUUUGGUUACGGACAUUCAUCCAAAUAUCUUUCUUUGUGUUUAGGAGAUCAAAGACUUUUUUACAGGCUUGGAACAAUCUGACGAUGAGUAAAUGUUUUUUUGGUGAACUAUCCCUUUGAGUUUGUAUUCCUGUUUACGUUGUUUUAAGUUAUUUUUUCUUAAUUUUAUAAGCAUAACUUAUUAUUUAUUUUGUAUGUUUCGAUAUAUCGAAACCGUUUCAGCCAACAUAGAAUUCCAUAUGAAAAUCUGUCUAGUUAAACAGAUUAUUAAUUCAAAGAUUAAAUAGGACCAGACAGACGUCUCGCAAAGAAAACAGAGAUCAGUUCAACUCAUGAGCUCAUGACUUUGUUUAAAUGUUUCUUGACUUCAUUUUAACAUUACGACUGAACUUUGAACAGUGGUUCCCUGGUUCAUGAUUUAACAAUAUGGUGCUAAGAAGUAUAAAUGUGAAGCACACUGGUCUGAUCAUGUACUGUGUUUUAAUUUGUUAUGUACCCUUAAGUGCCUUUGAAAGCUAUUUCAUUGUUUAGUUCAAAAACAGUUUAAUGUGCAAAGCUUCAUUUCGUCCAGAAUGCCACUCUUUCAAAGCACUUUUAAAAACUGUAUCGUUUACUGUACGUUUAAAAUGUACAUUUGCAUGCUCGUCAUUCAAUUCUGCUCCUUUGAGAAUUAAAACCACUUUUUAACUUGUUAUUAUUCCAAGUAUAUUUUUACCGAAGCUGUAGGACCUGAUUUUGAAUAUUUGACUGUUUUGGUGAUAUCUACCAUAAAUGCUUAAAAAACUGUA